GUUGGGUGUCUUUGGCGUCUCCGUAGGAAACCAGAGAAGAGCUGUGACUGCUCUGCUCAGGGAGGCCUCAGGGCCUGCCCUGGAAUCGAGGACGGCUGCCAGUGUUUGGGGGCUAACCUCGUCCUUGCUCUCCACGGGGUAUACCGGAGAUAGCGCUUGCCUUCGAGAAUCGCCCCUCCGUGGGUUCUCCCCCGCACUCUUUGUUCAGUGGCCUAGGCUUUCUGCGAAAGGAGCACUUGGUAUAGAGAGGAGUAACCCACUUUCCCAGGACUACAAAGCUGGGAGUUAAGCCCAGAGUUUAAACGUUGGGUUCGGAGGCUUUUUUGACUAGGUGAAUAGUUGUCCCACCGAGAACCGCCUGUGGACCUAGGGAAAGACCUUUGUGAUCCAGACUUGAGGCUUAUUUACGUUUGGCCUGUUUCCAUGCAAACUGUAAAGCGCUUUGUGUUAGCUGCCCUCAUCCAGAGUAAACACUGAGCUGAACAAUGCCCUUCCUUGGGCACUCUUCACACAGUCUGUACUUGGCCCAGCUUCUCUUGAAAUGUUCCCUCCUUCACCUCAUUUGGAUAAAUCAGAUAGAUGUUCUUUGCUUAAUGCAUUAAACAACUACCUUAAUCAGUCAUAACCACAUUACAGGAAAAUUGGAUGUAAUUAGGACCUGUCAAAUGUGCUUAAGUCCAGGUUCCGCCAUACUGAUGCUAAGCAGCUUCCUGGGUCUUCCUACACUUGAGUGUUCUACGUAUAACAUGAAAGCUGCGAAAUAGAUCAUCUUUUAGGCUUCCUCCUCUUUCAGAUGUCUGUGAUUCGGUGAACUUCAUGACCUCCCCCCCUUCCCCACUCUGUUACUUUUCAAACGCAUUCUUUACCUCCAGAGGAAUGGGCAUUGAGAGUAGAAGAUGGGAGUCUCUUUCCCUAAAACACCCUGGUUGGGAAACGAUGGUAGUUCCUGACUUGGUUUUCUUCCCUGGACAAGAAAAAUUCCCUCUGAACUACCUUUUUCUCCUUGUGAUAACAGCAGAAACCGAGCAGCAACAGCCCUUGGAGAGAGACUAAGUUUUUCUUGACUUCUACGGUGACAGAGACCUUGAGAAAGUUGGUACUUCUGGCCUACGCUGCCAACAUCCUACCACCCAGCCCAAGACAGCCCACGCUGGACAUUAGUGCCUCCCUCUUUAUUCCUCUGUGAUCAUCCAGAUCAGCACCUGACUGUUUAUUUUCAAAUCUCACAAACCCAGUUCAGUCCUCAGAUCUUCGUAAUUUUGGUUCUCAGCUGCUCUCGAAGGACAGUGACUUGUUAUCACCACAACAGCAGAGCCUGCCAUCCCCAGCAGAUCUACAGUCAGCCCCUGACAUCACCCCCUCCCUUGUCUCCCUCUGUGGCCUCCUAAAUGCCCAUCCCAUUGGCCUGGGUUCAGCUGGUGGUAUGGAGGGGUGCUGCCUAGCACUGACCUGGGAUUGUGUGUGACCCACUGACCCAAUGGACAUCAAAGGCCAGUUCUGGAAUGAUGAUGAUUCGGAGGGAGAUAAUGAAUCAGAGGAAUUUCUCUAUGGAGUUCAGGGGAGCUGUGCGGCUGACCUAUAUCGACACCCACAGCUUGAUGCAGACAUUGAAGCCGUGAAGGAGAUCUACAGUGAGAACUCUGUAUCCAUCAGAGAAUAUGGAACUAUCGAUGACGUGGACAUUGACCUCCACAUCAACAUCAGCUUCCUCGAUGAGGAAGUCUCUACAGCCUGGAAAGUCCUCCGAACAGAACCUAUUGUGUUGAGGCUGCGAUUUUCUCUUUCCCAGUACCUUGAUGGACCAGAACCGUCAAUUGAGGUUUUCCAGCCAUCGAAUAAGGAAGGGUUUGGGCUGGGUCUUCAGCUGAAAAAGAUCCUGGGUAUGUUCACAUCCCAACAAUGGAAACAUCUCAGCAACGAUUUCUUGAAGACCCAGCAAGAAAAGAGGCACAGUUGGUUCAAGGCAAGUGGUACCAUCAAGAAGUUCCGAGCCGGCCUCAGCAUCUUCUCACCCAUCCCCAAGUCUCCCAGUUUCCCGAUCAUACAGGACUCCAUGCUGAAAGGCAAACUGGGUGUACCCGAGCUUCGAGUUGGGCGCCUCAUGAACCGUUCUAUCUCCUGCACCAUGAAGAACCCCAAAGUGGAGGUGUUUGGCUACCCUCCCAGCCCCCAGGCAGGUCUCCUGUGCCCCCAGCACGUGGGCCUCCCUCCCCCAGCACGGACCUCUCCUUUGGUCAGUGGUCACUGCAAGAAUAUCCCUACUCUGGAAUAUGGAUUUCUUGUCCAGAUCAUGAAGUAUGCAGAGCAGAGGAUUCCAACGUUGAAUGAGUACUGCGUGGUGUGUGAUGAGCAGCAUGUCUUCCAGAAUGGGUCCAUGCUCAAGCCAGCCGUCUGUACUCGUGAGCUGUGUGUUUUCUCCUUCUACACAUUGGGAGUCAUGUCCGGAGCUGCAGAGGAGGUUGCUACUGGAGCAGAGGUGGUGGAUCUGCUGGUGGCCAUGUGUAGGGCAGCUUUGGAGUCCCCUAGAAAGAGCAUCAUCUUUGAGCCUUAUCCCUCUGUGGUGGACCCCACUGAUCCCAAGACUCUGGCCUUUAACCCCAAGAAGAAGAAUUAUGAGCGACUUCAAAAAGCUCUGGAUAGUGUGAUGUCCAUCCGGGAGAUGACCCAGGGCUCAUAUCUAGAAAUCAAGAAGCAGAUGGACAAGCUGGAUCCCUUGGCCCAUCCUCUCUUGCAGUGGAUCAUCUCUAGCAACAGGUCACACAUUGUCAAACUACCUCUCAGCAGGCAGCUGAAGUUCAUGCACACCUCACACCAGUUCCUCCUGCUGAGCAGCCCUCCUGCCAAGGAGGCUCGGUUCCGGACCGCCAAGAAGCUCUACGGCAGCACCUUUGCCUUCCAUGGGUCCCACAUUGAAAACUGGCAUUCGAUCCUGCGCAAUGGGCUGGUCAAUGCAUCCUACACCAAACUGCAGCUGCAUGGAGCAGCCUAUGGCAAAGGCAUCUACCUGAGCCCCAUCUCCAGUAUUUCCUUUGGAUACUCAGGAAUGGGAAAAGGACAGCACAGGAUGCCCUCCAAGGAUGAGCUGGUCCAGAGAUAUAACAGGAUGAAUACCAUCCCCCAGACCCGAUCCAUUCAGUCAAGGUUCCUGCAGAGUCGGAAUCUAAACUGUAUAGCACUUUGUGAAGUGAUUACAUCUAAGGACCUCCAGAAGCAUGGGAACAUCUGGGUGUGCCCUGUGUCUGACCAUGUCUGCACACGGUUCUUCUUUGUAUAUGAGGAUGGUCAGGUGGGCGAUGCCAACAUUAAUACUCAGGACCCCAAGAUACAGAAGGAAAUCAUGCGUGUGAUCGGAACUCAGGUUUACACAAACUGAGGGGGCCCCAGCCCUCGUACCACCCCUGUUCCCCCAGGAUCCAUCUGCCCUCAUACAAGGGCUCAGGAGCAGCAUGUGAGGCUGCCCUGAGGAAUCAAGGGGCCAUUACCAAGGGGCAGGAAAAGCAUAGAAGAGGCGGCCUUCAUGGUGGAGACUGACCCAGGAACCACUCCACAUUUGGAUGGCCCAGACUGACUCCCUACUCCUGAUUUUCCCAGUUGACUUCACCCUGUUUGUAAAUAAAACAAUAAAAUGGAA